AGAACUGGAAUUGAAGGGACAGGCCUUUUGCUCUCUCCUUGGAAGACAUCCACUCUACUCCCUGUGAUCACCUGCUCUUGCCAUGUCGCUGGCGCCUGCCGAGGCCAAAGGACCCAUCUUCCCUGGAGAAAUCACCGACGCCAUCAUCGACCAUCUUUAUAACGACCGUGUCACACUCCGCAACUGCGCUCGCGUAUGCAGCGCUUGGCUUCCGGCUAGCCGACACCACUUGUUCGAAGUCUUUGUUGCCCGGCCUGAGAAGAGUGGCCUCACCGACCUCCUCGACUUCCUCACGUCGACCCCAGACGUGGGCAGCCACAUCCGACACUUCGUCCUCGACGGGUACCGCGGGAUCAGCCUGAAGAAUGUAGCUACCCUGAUACAUGCGGUCCCCAACGUGCGCGUCGUCGAACUCGAGAAUUUGUUCAUCUCGUUUCCCCGGAGCCGCGACGCAGACCCCGUCCCCGCCAUCCAGCUUUCCGCGCUCCGGAUCGCGUCAUCGAACGUCACGGAGCACGAAUUCCACGAUCUCUUCCGCCUCCUCGGCCUCUUCACCGUCGUACGCACCCUGCGCAUGGAGGAGAACUCGAACCGGCACUUCCUUACGAACGAGAACCUCGGCCCCCACGAAGGCAACGCGCCCCAAGCCUUGCAGGUCACCGAGCUCUCCUUCGCGUGCAUGCCGUCCACCCUGAUUGGCCAGCUCAUCCGCCCUACUCGCAUGGCGCAUUGGGAGACGCUGCGCGGGCUCGAGCUGGACGAGUGCAUCGAGCGCUGGGAGCAGGUGAACGAGAUCGGCAAGCUGCUCGCUGAGAUCGGGCCGCGUCUGCGCCGCCUCGCGCUGAAGCCGUCGCACCGCCUGCUGCCGCGCAACAACUUCGACAUACCGGCCGCGAUUCCGGCCGCGGGUGGUCUGGGCGCGAUGUGGAACCAGAUGGCGCCUAUGCACGGUGGUGGGGAUAUGGAGGACACUCGGUCGCGCUGGGCACCGCUCAACUUGGCGAAGUGCACGAACCUCGACGAGUUCCUGCUCGACCUCCACUACGGCUCCCAGUCGCCCCUGUACGACAUCCACGCGUUCUUCAAGCUGAACGUGGACCUCCUCACGACCAUCGCGGCGACCGUGCGCUGCGUCAAGCCCCGCAUCGUGCCCGUGUACCCGUUCCGGGGCCACGGCCUGAACGCCACCCUGGCCGCGUCUGGGGGCCCGCUGCAGGCCUUGGACUGGCCGCUGCUCGACGAGACGCUCAGCGACGGACGGUUCGCGAGCCCGCGCGUGGUGCUCGACGUGACGGAGCUGGAGAAGCAGUACGCGCGGUCGGCGUUUGACGCGCUGAAGGCGUUCUUGACAGGUUGCUUGUACCGAACUCGUCGUCGCGGCACUCUGACGUUCGAAGUGCGCCAGGACCAUGUGUGGCGUGGGCCGGAUAUCUUCGACCGCUUCUAAUUGCUCUCUGGCGCUCCCUUUUCUUCAAAAUUUCUCUUUGCAUAAUCAUGUGCUGAGCCUGCUGGUGACGAGAUUUCUUCUAAGAAAUGGCUGAUAGUUUGAGAUAUCUCGCAAUAUACAUACGUCUACCUCCUGCGCUCUUGCAUUUUGUUUUCUCCUUUGUAUUUGCGUCCUUGCCUGCCUAUCGUGAUAUUCAACAUACGGGCGC